UGCAUAUUUGUAAUUUUGGUCAAAUAUUGGGAUUUUGGUUUUUCGUGAGCGCGGAGAGCGGGAACUUUUGGAGCGAGAGCGAACUCGAAAACGAGCAUGGCGAGCUCUGAAGAUAAGCAGGAAAUUGCUGCGGCGGAGAAGGAGAAUCAGGUCGGUGAUCAAGAAAACAAGGAGGAAGUCGUCUCGGUUGAGCUCCCGGCACCGGAAGGAUGGAAGAAGAAGUUCACUCCAAAGAAAGGUGGGACUCCCAGGAGGAAUGAAAUAGUCUUUAUAUCACCUACUGGAGUGGAGAUCAAGAACAAAAGACAGCUGGAGCAGUUUCUAAAGGCUCAUCCUGGAGGACCUUCUGCCUCUGAAUUUGAUUGGGGCACUGGCGAUACCCCAAGGCGUUCUGCAAGAAUCAGUGAAAAGGCAAAGGCAACAGAAACCCCAGAAAGUGAGCCCCCAAAGAAACGGGAGAGGAAAUCAAGCUUGAAGAAAGGGACAAAAGAAAAGAAAGACGGUGUAGAUGGUGAAAGUGAAGCUCAUGAAGAUGAAGCAGCUUCUGCAACUGCAGAAGGCACCAAGGCAAGUGCAGAUGUUGAAAUGAAAGAAGCAGAGGAUACAGGGGACAAAAAGGAAGAAUCCCCUGUGGAGAAGGCAGAGGUUGAGGAUGUUGUGAAGCAGGAUUCAGAGCAGAAAAAAGAGGAAGACAUUGAGGAGAAGAAACCUGCUGAUCAAGUAGAGGCUGAAAAUAAAGAGAAUGCAGUGGAGCAACAGGCAGAGUCGAAGACAGAAAAGGCAGCAUCUCCUGCAAAACAAAAAGAAGUUAAGGAAGUGGAUGCGGUUUCUGAAAAGGAGGAUAAGGUGGAAGAGUCACCCUCGAAGGAGGCCAACGUGCAAGAAAAGGUCUGUGCAGUGAAAGAAGCUGAAACAGAAGCAAAAGCAGGAGAAAGUUUACCUGACAAUGGCAACCACAAGGAAAACCUAGAUGAAUCAAAACCCAUUGAGACUCAAUAAAUUGUGAGGAUGCACACCAUCAACCCAAGGCAUUUCCAGUCAGUUGUUGAGAACUCUUAGGACUUAGGCUCUUCCGUGUAUUUCAUCCUUUUAUUUUUUUCCUUUUCUUUUCUUUUUUAAUUUAUCAAUUUAGGUAGGAUCUCUAGAUGGUGAUGAUACUGUGUUGCAAUUGCUGUUCAGGUUCCUUACAUAAUUUGCCUGAUGACGGCCUUGUUCAUUUGCAACGCCUUGUGCCAUUGUAGUUGUAGCUAUUAUGGUCUGCAUAGUUCAGCAACCUUUUUGACACCAUUUGAUGUGAACUUGUAAACGCAUGAUUCUUGACAGUGUUAACUUAAUUAUGAUCCCAUCUCCAUGUAUUUUAUUGGCUUAGUGAUUCACUGAUAA